ACCAUGUUUAGGUUUUCCUUUUUUUUCAAUCUCAUCUGCCUCUAUCUGGCAAUCAAAAGUGCGCUGAGUGUAGAAAUGGAUUCGAAUGAUCAAAAGUUUACCGAUCUGCGAACGGCCGGGCCAGAGGGUGGCGCAUCCGAACCGGACACACUUCGACGGGAAGACAGUGCCGAAGGGCUCAGCAAAAGGGCUGCCGCCAUGUGGUUCGGGCCGCGGCUCGGCAAGCGCACCAUUGCAGCGGAUUUGCACGACGAUCUGGUGGAGGAGUUCGACAGUGCACCGCUCGGAUACGCGGGCGAACCGCCACAGAAGCUCGCUACCGAACUCGUCCAGGGCGCACCCUACAUGGUGCUGUUACUCACCGCGAAACCUCGCAAACCCCAGCAGAUAUUCUUCCACACAACUUCGCCGCGACUGGGGCGGCGGGAUUCGGUCGGUGAGAAUCAUCAACGGCCACCGUUUGCACCACGGCUCGGACGAAAUUUGCCCUUCUCGCCGCGGCUAGGACGCGCGUACAACGGUGGAUAUCCGUUACCGUUCCAGUUUGCGUACUGAAGCGUUACCGCAACACCAGUGACUCCUUAACGGCGUGUACCGAGGGCGCCUGACGCCAGCGGUGGAGUUUAUCGGCAUUAAUUGAACACGAACAAAAUUGGCUGGAAUCCGACAAACUCCACGGUUGGCAAGGUGCCCGGACAACAUGCCAAACAUGAAACUCUCAAAACGAACUGUAAAU